CUCUCAGGCACCCAGGAGAUGCAGCAUUGGAAAGGUCAACUUCUCCCAUCUCGUUUUUGGGUCAGCUUCCUCCACCUGCAUCACUGCAUGGCACAGACACAGACAUGAGCAAUCAGGAAGUGAUUUAUUCCUCCUUGAAAGUUCUUCAGUCUCCAUCAGAGUCACAAAAUAGAUUAAGGCCUGGUGCUACUCAAAGGCCUGUGAAAACGGAUGACAAAGAGUUUUCAGUGCCCUGGCAUCUCAUUGCAGUGACUCUUGGGGUCUUCUGUUUACUUCUUUUGGUGACAGUCACAGUGUUGGGGACAAAGAUUUUGCAGUGCACUCAAGAAGAGCACCGACAGGAGGCAAGUCCACAAAAUCUCAGUCAAAAGUGCCACAAUAUACAAAAUGACAACUACUUAAAGGAGAAGCUUUUGAAUAAGACGUUAGAAUAUGACAUUCUCAAAAAUGAAACCCUUCAGCAGAAAAAGGAACUGGAUUCACUCUUUAUAGAAAAAAAGAGAUGUCAUAGAAAACAGGAGAGCUUCUCAAAGUCUUUGCAAAAUACAGGCAAACUCUAUGAAGACCGCUGGUCCUGUUGUGGAGUAAAUUGUUAUUAUUUUACCACUGAAGUUAAAACCUGGAAGGGAUGUAAACAGACUUGCCAAAGUUACAAUUUAUCUCUUUUGAAGAUAAAUGAUAAAGAUGAACAGGCCUUCCUUCAACCCCAGACUUAUGGAAAUAGCUACUGGAUUGGAUUAUCAUAUAAUGCAGAGGAAAGGAAGUGGAAAUGGAUUGACGAUGGCACAUCUUCUGGAAUUAAUUCUCCAAUAAUGAGUUUGCCUCCUGGGAGAGAAGAAUGUGCUUUUUUAAGCUCAGCAAGAAUAGAAAAUACUUAUUGCUCUACACCUUAUAAUUGUAUCUGUGAGAAGAGAAUUGAUUGUGUUUCCACUGCCUGCUUCAAAUAGACACAGAA